AUGCCAGCCAUAAUAAACACAACAGCAUUAGUAGAACCAGUUCAGGCAAAGUUCCAGAGCUUCAUGUCUUUCUUUCGGCCUUUAGCUUCAUAUUAUCGCCGCCAUAUUCUUCUUUCGAUCAGCCAUGGUCAACCUGCUCCAACGCUCAGAAUCUGCUCAUUCAACACCAGAAAUCUGCACACCAAAAUACAGAUCAACAACUUCAAGCCAUCUCCGUUUCCUCAAUCUUCUUUCUACAGUUGGGCAAAGUGGCUCUUAGGUUCAGUGCUGGCAACAGCACUGCCCUUCUGGAACAAGUCCUGGAAAAGGCUAUUGAGAAUAGAAGAUGAGGUUGAAAUCGUAGUGGAUGCGGUGGAAACUGCAGCGGAGAUUGUAGAGAAAGUAGCCAAUGUUGCUGAGAAGGUUUCGUUGGAUAUUGCAGAAGAGAUGACCGAAGAUGGGAAGCUAAAAGAAGCUGUUCUAUUUGUUGAAAAUGUAGCUAAAGAAGUAGCAGUGGAGGCUCACCGUACACAGGAAAUCAUUCACAAGAUGGAGGAGUUGAAGGAUGAAAUAGACGAGCUGAAAGACAACGCAGGUAAGGAAAAGCAUGUGGAUAAAGAGGAAGACCCCAACAAGCUGAACAAAUGA